UCGUUUUCUGGGCAAACAUUUAAUCAAUCAGCCUGUACAUUUAUAGACAAUCUUGGGUUGUUGUGUUUCCUUGGCCCCAUUUCCUUUUCUUCGCAAAAAGAAAAGGAUAUUUGGGGACUUUGUUUAAAGGAAGCAUUACAACGCUAUGAAGAGAACUAGUCUUCCUCCACGAGGAUUAUCUGACAGGCAAAUUAGCAAUAAUGACACCCCUACACUCCGUCUGUACCAAGUCUGGAAAGGAAACAAUAAAUUUGCUUUAAGGGGUAGAUUAAUAUUUGGGUCGGAUGCAAGGUCUCUUUACCUUACAAUUUUCCUCAUUGUGGUUCCAGUAAUCUUGUUUUGCUCUUUGGUUUCUCAAAGUCUUGUGAAUUACUUCCCCAAGAAUAUAGGUCUUCUUUUAGUAGCUAUUCCUGCUGUCUUCACUCUAUAUAUUCUUGUCCUUAUCUUUUUUGUUGCUGCAAGAGAUCCUGGCAUUAUUCCCCGAAACCCUCCAUCUCCAGACCUAGAUGAUGAUUGGGAUGCUUCUAGCAUGUCUACCGACUGGGCUGCAACUCAAAGUGGUAAAUAUCUACCACCUACAAAAAGCCUCAAUGUUAAUGGAACGAUGGUUAGGGUCAAGUUUUGCCAAACUUGCAUGCUUUAUCGCCCACCAAGAUGCUCACAUUGCGCCAUCUGCAACAACUGUGUUGAUCGCUUUGAUCAUCAUUGCCCGUGGGUGGGACAGUGUAUAGGCAAGAGGAACUACCGGUCCUUUUUCAUGUUUGUAUCCUCACUAGCAAUCUUGUGCACUUAUGUUUUCGCCAUGUGCUGGAUAAACAUCAUCAUGAUUAUGCAAGAGAACAGUUCCGGUAUAUGGGAAGCUUUGAUGAAGUCUCCUAUAUCUGGAAUACUUAUAACAUACACAUUUACAGCUUCAUGGUUUGUAGGAGGCUUAUCUGCAUUUCAUAUUUAUUUGGUCAUCACCAACCAGACUACAUAUGAAAACUUCAGAAAUCGGUAUGAGAGGAGGAAAAAUCCCUUUAAUCAUGGAUGUGCUCAAAACUUCAAAGAAGUCCUUUUUUCUAAAAUACCCCGCUCCCAAAAUGAAUUUCGUACAUUUGUAAGACCUGAAGUGUAUACUCAAUACAACAGUUCAAGAUAUUUUGGGUAUGCAUUUAGCCUCAACUUUUCUAAGAAAAGCUACGAAACAGAGACUUCUAUUGAUGGAAUUGAGUUGGAUCUGGAGAGAUGUGACACAAGUGGAACGGAUCAUUCAAGUAAAUGGGUAACUGCACCUGAUUUGCAUAGAUUGGCAUCAAAGUUUAUAUCAGAAAAUGUAAACAAAGAUAAAGAGAAGAGACAAGGAGUAUGAAAGCAAUUUGCUGUUGAUAGAAAGGCGAAAGAGAUAGGAUAGGUCUCCUGUGAUUUGCAUAGAAAUGGUCGUUU